AAAUGAGAGCAGUGAGAUAUAAUCAUGUUGCUUUCCUCAAUGACUGUAAGCUGCUCGUAGAUGAAACCGAGCAGGUCUAAAUGAAGAACCCUCAAUAUGGUCUGUACCACGGAGGCAUAAAGAAGCUGCUUAUUUUUACUUCGACAUAUGGAGAGAGUCAUUGUUAGAGCAAAGCUUCCUUUCUGCUUCUGAGUUAACUUAUCCAGCAAAUGCUACAAGAGUAUGGAUUUCACUAUAAACAAUGUGAUCAGGUACAUGUGAUUUUUUUCUGAAAGGGCUCAAGCUUCGUACGUACAUGCAUUUCCUUCUAAAUGAAUGUUGAGGGGUUUGUUCCGUUGAGUUCAUCUUCGUGCUUAAAUUAUCAUGCGACCAAGAAACAUCCACUAACGUCUUUAGGACAUAAAAAAGUGCAUGUCAUAAAGCUAUGAAAUAAUAAGCCCAAUAAGUAAAAGGCCCAACUGACGAAGUUCGGUUACAAAUAGCAGUCCAGUUUAAUCCCUAGGGCUUGGUUCAUACAAUCUCAAGUUGUGUUGUCGAUCUCGAAGCUUUAGAUCUCACAGUUGCCGUUUCUCGUUGCCAAUCGACUUUACGACCGGUCUAGCGGUGGGAGAUUGAUUUGUAGAGAAAAAAAAAAUGGCUACAAAGCGACAAGAGAAGACAAGUUUUAUCAAGGAUGUUGCUCGGUUGGUUUCCCAAAAGGGUUUGGAGACUGAGAAGACGCUGGUGGCCCUUAAUAAGGAUAAUGGUGAAAAAUUUAGCUUUUUGUUGAGGUCAGACCCUUAUCACGCAUACUACCAGGAUAAGCUUAAUUAUUACCGUAAGGAGGUGGCUCAGGUUACCAGCAGGCCUCAUGCUCCUCCGGCUACUGCUAGUCAUAAUUGCUCUGUAGCUGAUGAUGGUGAAGAAGAAGCCUUUUGUCUGUUGCCUACUUAUAGUACUCUGUGGAGUAGUUCGUUCAGUCGUCCUCCUGGUAUCUCACUCAAGGAUUUAUAUAUCAUGAAGCUCACUGCUCAGUUUAUAGCGCGGUAUGACAUGCACUUUCUGCGAGCUUUGAAGGAGCAUGUGGCUCAGAAUCCGAAACCUCAGUUUGAUUUUUUGAAGCCGACUAGUAGCAGGUUUAAGUUCUGUGGUGGGCUUGUUCGUGGUUACGCCAGUGUAAUAAGGCCAUACAUAGAAUCUCUGAUGAGAGAUGGUGGUGGCAUUAUGCCGUUAGUGCUGCCACCCGGUGAGUGUUGGACGAGAUAUGAUGAUUAUGACGAUAUGCCGCUCUGUCUUCAGUUUUUCUUCGACCGUCUUCAAUUGGAGAAGCUGGAGGCUGGGGAUGAGAUGGCUCUGAUCGACUUGCAUGCUUUCGUGAGUGGUGUCGACUUUUUUGCCCAGAGGGAUAAUGACGCCUUUGCUACUGUCAUGUCAACAACUCCACACCUUUCGAAGAUGAUGUACGAAUGGCCUCAAAUGCAGCCAUCGAAGCUUGUUAGUGAUGAUGAUACAGAACCAGAGCUAAUAGAUGCACCUCGUUCAUAUGAAAUCCUGGAGAAGCAGCUCACGCUCAAGGAGCUGGGUAUUAUUAAGCUGACAGCGAUGUUUGUGGCUCGGUAUGGCUCAGAAUUUCGGCGGGAUUUGAUGGAGGUAGUCUUGAUGAACCCUCUGUUUGAGUUUCUGCAGCCAAGUGAUUGCAAGUGUUCAAAGUUCUUCAGCUCGCUUGUUAGAGUGUAUUCCACUGUUAUAAUGCCUUCCGACAAGUUGUGGUACGGUGACGAUUCUACGGCUUUCGCCCUUGAGUUUUUCUCCCGCACUCUCCAGCUGGAGAAGCUCGAAAACGGAGAUGAGACGGCUGCUAUUGAUUUGCAUGCGCUUGUGGGUGGAGUUGACUGUUUUAGUCACAUGAGUGAAAGCCUCUUUCUUGCUUUCGCUCCACAACCUGAACACCUUUCGACUAUGGUGAAACGACGGGGAUGUCAGCUUCUUACUGAAUUCCAUAAGGCUGAUGAUGAGAAUCUAGAUGGAACUGAUCAACCUGAUGGAGUAGCUCGGCCUUACCGUUUCAAAAGUAGUUUUAAGUUCCCUGAAAAGGGGAUCACAGUCAGGGAGCUUGGUGUUAUUAUGCUCACAGCACAGUUCGUGCAGCGGUACGGGGAGAAGUUCCGGCUGGGUUUGAGGAGGAGAGUUGUUAUGAACACUCAGUUUGGGUUUAUGGUCUUUGGUGACAGGAGGCACUAUUUCUAUUGCGGCCUUCUUUGUGCGUAUAGAAGUGUAUUAAGGCCCUGCAAAAGGAUGAAGAGGAGCGCUGCGUAUACAGAUACCGUUCUUGACAUGUUUUUCGAGAUUCUCCAAUCGCAGGAGGGGGAGAGAAUUGGUUUGCAUGAUUUUGUGGGUCUUGUUGACUGGUUUGCUCACGUGGAGGAGGAAUAUUAUUCUGUUGUGGUGCCAGCACCUGUACACGUUUUGAUGAAUAUGAUCCCACCAACACUCAGGCUGCCUAAUACGCUUUUGCUGCCUCCAAUGAAACCUUCAGUUACUCAUGAUCCUGCUCAAAGAAGACAUGACCAUCUUGCAUCUCCUGCUGGGCGGUCCACACUCCGGGAAGAGUAUAUUAUUAAGGUGACGGCGCAGUUUGUGGUGCGGUAUGGGACGAGUUUUGAGCGAGCUUUGAGGAGGAGAGUGGCUGAGACACCUAAGUUUGAGUUUAUGAAGCCGACUGGUAGAAAGUUCCGUUUGUAUGCAAGUUGUGUUGAGGGGUUUGCACAAGUAUUAGAGCCUUGCAAAAAACGUGUUGAUUGUAUGGACACAGUUCUUGAGGGUUUGUUCUGUUUUCUGGAUCGUGAGCAUGAGGAGGCAGUGGGCAUCGGGUUGCAUGGUUUUGUGGAUGUUGUGGAUUGUUUUGCUUCCAUGGAUCAUGUGGUGCCACAAUGCCUCAUUCCACCGGGAUGCCAAGUUCAUCUUGGUCAGCCUUCAACGGGGAUGAUGAAGCAACCUGCACCACCAACACUGGGUGUAAUGUCAUCUCGUCGUCCUCUACCUGAGGAACCAGAGCCAAUGAGGAAGAGAGGCAAAAAGAGGGAGAGACAAGAGUCAGCUCUUGAUCCACAAGACCAUUCUCAUGCUAAACAUCCGCGUUUGUCUACUACAAUCACGGUAUUUGUUCCAAACGUCGGUGAAGUUAAAGUAGCUGGGUGAUCCAAAAGCAAACAGGCCGAGGAGCACAACGCUGUCUGUGAGGAUAUGCCUUUUUAUCAAAGUCUUAUUUAUUUUGUAAUGUUUGUUUUGGAUUUGGGGCCUCAGCUUGCAACGUUUCCUUGUCUCCCUGUUCAUGUGAAAUCUCUUAAAACUCAUCCCCCUCCUCCCUCACUCUUGUCUAAGCAGAUCUUUUACCUC